CAUCCGCAGAAGAGACUAGACCAGCUACAUGAGCACUGCUUCCGCUGCCACCCCCGCUGCUGUUGCCGUUGCCGCGCCGCCUGCGGCCCCUGCCGCGACCACGACGACCCCUGCGCCGAUCAACACUUCCUCCAGCAUCUUGGAGAAACACCCUCGCUUGAUGGAUGAAUUGCCAAAGCACGCAAAGCCCGCCGCCCUUGCGAACAAAGUGUUGGCGUACGGCACGGCUGGGUUCCGCGACAAUGCCGACAUCCUCGGUUCCACGUUUCACCGCAUGGGCAUGCUUGCAGUCCUUCGUUCCAAGAAGGAGCACAAGAUCACGGGGUUGAUGGUCACGGCGUCGCACAACGCUGCCCCCGACAACGGAGUCAAGCUCGUCGACCCCGAUGGCGGCAUGUUGUCGCAAUCGUGGGAGAAAUACGCGCAGCAACUGGCGAACGCCCCCACCGAAAAGGUUGUGGAAGCGCUCGACUCGAUUGUGCGCGCCGAGAAGAUCGAUUUGGAUCAACCUGGCAACAUCUUCAUUGCCAAGGACACCCGCGUGUCCAGCGAGCACUUGUCGGAAUUGGCGCGGGAAGGCGCUCUCCUCGUCGGCGGCAACGUCCUGGACUUUGGACUCCAGACGACCCCCCAGCUGCACCAUUAUGUCCGCAUGUGGAACUUUGAGCAAUACAACAAGGGCGACUGGGCGUCCGAAACUGGCUACUACAACAUGCUCGUAGACGCAUUCAAGCAACUCACGAGUGGCGUCGACCCCAAGAAACUCGAACUUCGCACGCCGUUGUACGUGGACUGCGCCCACGGCGUCGGGGCGCCCCAGCUAUCUAAACUGGCCAAGGAACUGGGCGAUUUGCUCCAUGUGGAGAUUCGAAACACCCCCGCGGAUGGCCAGCUCAACCACGAGUGCGGCGCCGAGCAUGUGCAGAAGGGCCGCGCGCCUCCCGCCGGCUUUUCCCGCGAUGCGGAUCGUGGCAAGCGCGCGUGCAGCUUGGAUGGCGACGCCGAUCGCGUGGUAUUUCACUAUUUCGACGACCAAGGCGCGUGGCAUCUGCUGGAUGGUGAUAAAAUUGCUUGCUUAUUUGCCGACUUUUUCGCGGACAAGCUAGCGGUGCUCGAGUUGGAUGAGAUUUCACUGGGGGUGGUGCAGACUGCUUAUGCCAACGGUGGCGCCCAUGCAUACCUGAAAGCCAAGCAGAUUCCCAUUGGAUUGGCCAAGACAGGCGUCAAGUACUGCCACCACAAAGCCAUGGAGUUUGAUAUUGGCAUUUACUUUGAAGCGAAUGGCCACGGUACAGUCAUGGUGAAAGAUCAUGUGAUCGAUCGGCUGCAGAAGCUCGAAACCGCCGUGGAUGACCCGAAGAAGAAGGCCGCCGUGUCGCAGAUCCUGGCGGCGUACCAGCUGAUCAACCAGGCUGUGGGGGAUGCCCUGAGCGACCUCUUGUUUGUGGAAGUGCUGCUCCUUCAACAGAACUGGACGAUUCAGCACUGGAAUGCCAUAUACAACGACCUACCAUCCCGCCAGACCAAGGUCCAGAUCGCCGAUAGAGCUCUGGUCAAGACGACCGACGAUGAGACUGCUUGUUUGGCCCCCGAAGCGCUCAAAGAUGCCGUGGAUGCACUCGUGGCCGCCGCCGGUCCCCGCGCCCGCGCCUUUGUCCGCCCAUCCGGCACGGAAGAUGCCGUGCGUGUGUAUGCGGAGGCGCAGACGGAAGCCGCCGCCAACGACCUGGCACUCCGCGUCGCCCAAGCCGUCCAUGCGCAUGCGGCGGGGGUCGGAAACGCGCCGACGGCAUUUGUCGCCUAAGAAGCAAGGCUCGUGGGUUUAAACGAUAAUGAUGAGAAGAUAUGAUGGGAUAAACUAUCGUUACUAGGACGUGGUGUGUAACAGUAUCGCAGACGACGUGGGCAGAUUGAC